AUACGCUUUCCAGUCAUGGCGGAGAUGAACAUUACAGUUGGGCAUCCAAUGCCGGACACGUACGACCUGGGCAGCAUCUGCUCUCAGGGCUUCUGGCUGCAACUUGUCUUGGUCCUCAUCAUCGGAGUGGCCGUGGGCCUGGUAUUGUGGCUGUUGCGUAAGUUUAUUUUGGGUCCGGUGUACCGCAAGCCGAACCGCAUCGAUGGCAAGGUGGUCAUCGUCACCGGCUGCAACACGGGCAUUGGCAAGGAGACGGUGCUGGAGCUGGCGCGGCGGGGCGCCAAGAUCUACAUGGCCUGCCGGGAUCCGGCACGCUGCGAGGCAGCCCGCAUCGAGAUCAUGGAUCGCACACAGAACCAGCAGCUGUUCAAUCGCAGCUUGGAUCUCGGCUCGCUGCAGUCGGUGCGCAACUUUGUGGCACGCUUCAAGGCCGAGGAGACGCGCCUCGAUCUCCUGAUCAACAAUGCCGGCGUCAUGGCCUGUCCGCGUACUCUCACCGCCGACGGCUACGAGCAGCAGUUUGGCGUCAAUCAUUUGGGCCACUUUCUGCUCACCAAUCUGCUGCUGGAUCGGCUCAAGCAGGCGGCGCCCAGCCGCAUUGUGGUUGUCACCUCGGUGGCGCAUCUCUUCGGACGCAUCAAGCGCGACGAUCUGAUGGGCGAGCGCAAUUAUCGCAGGCUGUUGGGCGCCUACACCCAGUCCAAGCUGGCCAAUGUGCUCUUCACGCGAAAGCUGGCCAUGAUGCUGAUGGGCACGGGCGUUACGGUCAACUGUUGCCAUCCGGGCCUGGUGCGCACGGAUCUCAAUCGGCAUUUUGUCGCUCCGCGCUGGUUUCUCAAAACCCUCAGCGUGCUCUCGCUUUACUUCUUCAAGAGUCCGCGUGCCGGCGCCCAGACACAGCUCUAUUUGGCCCUGGAUCCGGCACUGGCCAAUUCUACGGGUGGCCUAUACGCCGACUCUUUUCGCUGUCCCCUGGUGCCUUGGGCACGUGACGUGGCCACCGCCGAUUGGCUCUGGCGCGAGAGCGAGAGGCUUGUGGGCAUAGGCCCAGCAAAACGGCCUGCAACCAAUAUUUCAAUUGAGUCCGUAGCCUGAAUCGUUGAUCGAAUA